UACUUAGAGUAGAAAUAUAUCAAUAAUGUCGUCGCAUUACACUCCGUAUAUACGCAAGCAAUGUUACAAUUGAACUCCACAUAUGUCAGGUGCUUGAUGGAUGCUAAGGCCAAUUGUAACACAUUCCGCCGAAGGAGAGAGGUUAGCUCAGACGUUGUUAAUAACUUGAUUAACACAGCACGACCAGUGGAAAACUAUAUUGCGAUAUCUAAGGAAAUACUGGGCGAAGAAGCUUGGUACUUGAACAGUUCAUGGUAUACGUCUUUCAAAGAGACUGUAGGCGACGGGACUCCCAGUGGUUUGCUGAUUACGAACGAAGAACAGUCAACAGUUUUGGACACAUUAUCAAAUGAGUCUGCAAAAUCAAAUCUAACCGUGUUUCUUCAGCGCUGGAACAACACAAUGGCGUCGUGGCAAAAUGGGUCUUUAAACGAGGUGGAAAAAUCAGGGCACAGUUUCAACCUUACAUUGCUUACACCAAAAAUUAAACAAACAGCUCACGACAUGGUAACGUCCAAAGAAUCUGGUUUUCAGACCAUUUUUGAUGAGUUCAACCAAGCGUUAAAAACAUAUUCCGAUGCCGAAAAAAAGACGAGAUAUGACAAAAAUGAUGGCAUAUGUGCCAGAGUGAGAAUAAAAAUUUCGCAGGAGCUUGUACUUACAAGGGAUGGCUUUAAUGCACGUCUUGAAAUUGAAAAUGGAGAAAAAAGUGAUCUCAUGGAUGUUAAAGUUGACAUAACAAUCGUCAAAUUUAGCGGAAUUGGCGAGGCAGAUAACAAUCUCUUUUCAAUAGGCGAACCACGGCUAGAAGAGUUAACGGCUGUAGACGGCUCAGGGAGGCUAACUAAAGGGGUGUCUGGUACAGCAGAUUGGUUGAUAAUACCAUACUCCAGCGCUGCUCCAGAUGCCGAUACAUUGUAUGAUGUGGGUGGGACGUUAUCAUACUCAGUAGACGGAACUGAGUUUUCUACAGCCUUGCUGCCGGAUACCAUAAUAGUAAAACCAAACCCAAGUCUUGUCGUUCGCUACUUCCACGAGAGAUAUGUAAGGGGAGAUAAUCCAAUGACCCCAGAUGUGGAACCCAUCGUACCCUUUUCUCUAGCCGUAGUUAUUAUGAAUCAAGGAAAUGGCGUUGCUCAAGCGUUGAAAAUAACUUCCGCGCAGCCAGAAAUAAUAGAAAACGAAAAAGGAUUACUAAUUUCUUUCAAAAUAAUCGGAGCACAGCUAGGGAAUGAGUCGAUUACUCCGUCGCUGACUGUAGACUUUGGUGACAUUUAUGCAUCAGAAACAAAAACGGCACGAUGGCUAAUGACUUCAACACUGAUGGGAACGUUCUACAACUAUAGCGCAACGUUUGAGAAUAUAAAUCCUCUUGGUGAUCCCCAACUGUCCAUAAUAGACAAAUUGGAUUAUCACGAACUCUUUCAUUCUGUGAGAAUCGUUUACCCAUUCGGACUCGACGAUGGCCUCGAUGAUUUUCUUGUAAAUGAUAGAGUAGAUCAAGAUGGUAUUCCAGACAGACUUUACACUAGUAGUGACGCUUCGGUUGUUUUUGACGUAUUUCAUGCAAACAUAAGCGUGAUAAACUUCACAGACCUUGAAAGAUCAUCCAAGCAUCACACAAACGUUACAUUCGAGGUUACUUGCACUGCGAGUGGAUGGAUUUAUGCCCGAAUUUUCAAUUCAUUUUCAUUGGAUAUAAUUUACGCCGAGGAAACCGAUGUUGGCAGAUCCUUACUUAUUGACAAGAAUAUUUGGACAACAACACAUAUAACAGACGACAAUUUGGUGCACCUUGUGGACAAGAUAACUGAACAUGACACAGUGAAGUGCAUAAAGCAUUAUACAGUAACAUUUGGUAUCCGAAACAAAUUUCCACCGCAUGCAAAUUUUACUAACAAUAUUCAGCAUUUCAAUAUUUCAAACAGAGUGAAUAUCGGCCAUACAGUAGUUACAUUUGCCAUUGACGACAAAGACGGCGACAGCGUCUCGGCUUUUGUCAGAAAUGAAACUACAAUGGAAUUUGUUCUCCGAAGAAUUUCUGAAAACAAGUUUUCGAUUCAAGUUAGCUCUGUUCCUCCCAUUGGAAGAUACGAGAUUGAAAUUGUCAUGAUGGAUAACGGAUUUCCAGCCUUAACUGCAACAGAUGUUGUGCAAAUCAACGUCAUGGAAGUUCCGUUUAACGUCCCUGAUUCAAGCACAAUAGCGCAAGAUACCUCUCCACGAACUUCGGCGACAACAUUUUCUAAUUCAACACUUACAUCUACUGCACAGCAAACGGAAUCCAGUUCCACACCAAAAGACAAAGUCUCGUCAUCAACGAUUAUUAGACCAUCUCCAUGUUUGCUUUUAGGCACUGUAUAUGUUUUCAUCCAGUAUUCGGUUGUUAUCACUUGCUUCUUAUAAUAACUGUUUUUGUUGACGAAAGGUUCCGCUAUCAAUAGUUUUGUAUGACACAAUGAAUGGCAAUUUAGCCGAUUUAACAAUAACAGUGUUUAAAGGCCUAGUUUAAGGAAUGUUUGUCAUUCCGUACUGUGCAUCCCUUGUUUAUUGCCUUGGUGUCACAGCAGGGGUCAAUUUUCCAUGUAUUUGUUUAUUGGCUCAAGGCAAUUAAAAGUCGACACUUUUACAGAAAAUAUGCGUAGCCAAUGUAUUUUUUUAGUGUGACCGAUGGGGAAUGAUUGCUAAAUAAAGUAGAGUAAAAAAUAGCUUCAUUAUUUUAUAUUGUAUAAUAUAAAUUAUAUUAAUCGGCUAUCAUAUAUAUUAAACAUAUAGCAUUAGUCUUAUUCUUUUCUAAAACACAGUUAUAAUAUUUUUUUAUAUUAUUUGAAUAAACGGAAACAAAAUAAAA